UUAUAUUUUUUUUCGUCUCUUUAGAUUCAACGGUCGAGGAUUUUACGAAAACAAAGGAAGCAACGUUAGAGUUCCUUUUAACCAAAAAAACGAAACCUUUUUUUUUUGGCUCGAAUAGGAUUUUUCUUGAAGCAGCUGGAGCUUGAUUCCCGCCACUCAGAAAGUGAUGGCUGAACUGAGGCUGGAGGAACGUUGUCUUUACAAGAAGCAAUUAACUACCGCUUCAAGUUCUUCUGUAUCCGAAGGCGGUGGCAAUGCAGUUGUAAAGUCCCCAGGCGUAUCUAGUCCAGCACCAACAUCACCAAAUCAUCGGAGGACUACUGGCCCUAUUAGGCGAGCAAAAGGUGGCUGGACACCGGAAGAGGAUGAGACGUUAAGAAAUGCUGUUGCUGCUUUUAAGGGGAAGAGUUGGAAAAAAAUAGCUGAAUUUUUUCCAGAUAGAUCAGAAGUGCAAUGUCUUCAUAGAUGGCAGAAAGUCCUAAACCCCGAUCUUGUUAAAGGACCUUGGACUCAAAAGGAGGAUGAUAAAAUUAUUGAGCUUGUAUCAAAAUAUGGGCCGACAAAAUGGUCUGUUAUUGCAAAAUCUUUGCCUGGACGAAUAGGGAAACAAUGCCGUGAGAGAUGGCACAAUCAUCUGAAUCCUGAUAUAAAGAAGGAUGCUUGGACGAUGGAGGAGGAAUUGGCCCUUAUGAAUGCACACCGGACAUAUGGGAACAAGUGGGCUGAAAUUGCAAAAGUUUUACCUGGAAGAACUGAUAAUGCAAUAAAGAAUCACUGGAAUAGUUCUUUGAAGAAGAAGUUAGAUUUCUAUUUGGCUACAGGGAAGCUUCCACCAGUUUCGAAGAAUGGUCUCCAAAAUGGGACCAAGGAUAUAAGAACACCUACUACCCAAAAUUUUCCAGUUUUUUUGAAAAAAGAAUCAGGUUCAACUGCUCAAACUUCAUCAGGAACUACAGAUACUUGUAAGCUGGAGGAAGAUGGAAAAGAUCAAUUGGAGUCCUCUGCUCCAGUUCAAGAUAUGACUGCUUCUACAAAUGUUAUUCCAGAAGAGCCUACUGAUACUGAGAGUACAGAGUGCAAGCUGCAGUCAGUUGAUAUAAAUCCCUGCUACUGUACCUCUGAGUCAGGGGGGAAGUUUGGGAGUCACAGAAUCAGUUCUCAAGUUGUCGAAAUUCUCAAGGAACAAGUAGGGCUUGAUACUCCAACUUAUUGUUCUCUAUGUUGUGAUGAAUCACCUAGAUCACAGCAUGAAUGGACUUCUACUCCUAUUACAUCACCGAUUAGUUUCUUCACUCCGCCUCGUGUGAAGGGCAGUGGUUUAAGCACACACAGUCCCGAGUAUAUUCUUAGAAUUGCCGCUAAAAGCUUCCUGAAUACACCUUCCAUAUUUCGAAAGAGAAAGAUGGGAGCCCAGGUGCUUACACUUCCUAACAAGAAAGGAAAAUUGAAUGAGGAAAUAGGUAAGGAUGGGAUUCAAUUAUCUGGUGAACAGCAAAGAACUGAAAACAGUUCGGAACAGGCUCAAUUUUGUGAUGGAGAUCCCUGUGAGAGUCCUGCUUGUCAAGGCAAUAGCCCAACGCUGCCUAAUUCUACAGUGUUUAAUGCAUCUCCUCCGUACCGGUUAAGAUCUAAAAGAACUGCUGUUUUGAUGUCUGUGGAAAGAAAACUUGAGUUAACAUUCGAUAAAGAGCAUGAGGGUAAGACAAAAUCUUCAGAUUUAUCUUUGAAUGGUAGCUCUGCUGUUGAAGAUUGCUUGAAUGCGAUGAGGAUGGGGGUCACAUAGUUGUC